CUCCCCAAAAGAAAAGAUUAAAGAAAAGAAAAAGCAGAGAAUUAGGAAGGAUGGGAUGCUAUCCAAUAUAAAAGGCUUACCCUCGAUCAGUCAAUCAUCAAUCAAUCAAAUCAAAAAGAGAGAGAAGUCUCAAAUCAGGCAGAGGAAGGAAUCACUCAUAAAAAUGUCGACUUCAUCUGCUGCUUUUGCUCCGGACCACCACGUUCACCACCAUCACCUCCCUCCUCCCUCAGGGGAACAACUUUGUUAUGUCCAAUGCAACUUUUGUGACACUGUUCUUGCGGUGAGUGUUCCUUGCUCGAGUUUCUUCAAGAAUGUGACAGUGAGAUGUGGCCAUUGCACCAACCUUCUGUCUGUCAACAUAAUUCUUCCCACUGCAGCUAAUCAGCUUCAUCUCCCCCAUUCUUUCUUUUCUCCUCAGAAUCUUCUGGAUGAGAUUCGGAAUAAUCCACCAAGUUUGUUGAUGAAUCAGCCAAACCCGAAUGAGUCACUCAUGCCUGUUCGAGGAGUUGAUGAACUUCCUAAACCACCUGUCGCCAACAGACCUCCGGAGAAGCGACAGAGAGUGCCAUCUGCUUACAAUCGAUUCAUCAAGGACGAGAUCCAACGCAUCAAAGCUGGAAAUCCCGAUAUAAGUCACAGGGAGGCCUUCAGUGCUGCUGCAAAGAAUUGGGCCCACUUUCCACACAUUCAUUUCGGACUUAUGCCUGAUCAACCCGUGAAGAAACCCAAUGCCUGUCAACAGGAAGGGGAGGAUGUUCUUAUGAAGGAAGGGUUUCUUGCUCCGGCGAACGUGGGUGUAUCUCCUUACUAAUUAAGGAAGUGAUGAAGUCACCAAUGUUUCUUCCUGUGUUGGAAUUAAUUGUCUUUUUAUGAUCUAAUGUUAAUUAGUUUUAUCUAAAUAUUAGGGUUCUUGUUCGAUCUCUGUUUUCUUUGAAGAACACUCUGUUGUGUCUUUGAUGAAGACAUUCUAACUGUUUCAGGUUGCUUAGUUUCUAGUGAGUACUGAGGAAAUGAUUCUGUUGAACCACUGUUUGUUUGUUAAUUAUUGCUAAUAACUAAGCUCUCUGAAACCCCCAAUGGAACUGCUACAUGUUGAUAA